AUGUCGCACUGUCACAACGAACAUGGCCAUCAUGGCCACGACCAUUCCGAAGGCGCCGCCCACGAUMACAGCGACGAUCUCACGCCGGCUCUGCAGAACCAGAUCUACGAGCAAAUUGACUUUGAUGCGGUGAACACGCUCAACGAAGCCGAAUCUCGCGCAGGCCAAAAAGUACUGCAGAAGACAUGGACCGACCGACUCAACGUCCAGCCCGAGCUGGUCAGCGAUGCCGAUGAACAAUUGCUCAUACACAUCCCGUUCACCGCGCAGAUCCGGCUGCAUAGCAUUCUCAUUCGCACAUCCACUACAGACUCCGCACCGAUGAAUGUCAAAGUGUACGUGAACCGAGAAGGAUUGGAUUUCAGCACCGCCGCCGAUCUACCACCGACACAGACGCUGGAGUUGGCGCAGUCAAAUGAUGUGCAGGAGGUGCCCGUCAAGAGGGCGCUGUUCAACACGGUGCGUUCGUUGGAUCUCUUCUUCGAGGAUAAUUGGGGUCAGGGUGCCGAGGAUGAGACUCGCAUCAGCUAUUUGGGCUUCAAGGGAGAGUGGCUGAAGCUCAAUCGUGCUCCCGUCAAUGUCAUCUACGAGGCUGCGGCAAAUCCCAAGGAUCACAAGACCAGUGUCGGUGAGAAGAUGGGCGCUCAGAUUGGCGGAGCAUGA